ACUUCGUACAUUAUCUAAUAUGGUUAAUGUGCAGUUGUGGGUCUAGUUAUGAAACCAAUCAAAUAGGUAUUUUGAUUAGUUGGCACAAGCACCAAAAUUGGACGCAAUAGCCAUUGUUGGCACCAUCUUUGUGAGAAAUCAUUAAAUAUUUACCCCUGCAGGUGUCAGUAUGGCCAUGCAGUUCAGUGGUCUACGGGCGUAGUGUGGACUGACCCCAUCUACUAGCUACAUCCAGGAAGAAAGAUAACCGUACAACCAGAGUUCGAUACAGCCAGCCAAGCCAAGCAAUCAAUCCAGGCAGCACAAGGAAAUUUGUGGAAGCGACGUUUGGAGCAGACUUCAAUCUCAAUGGAGUAACAUCUAUAUUAAAAUAGAUAGGAUGCUAUUUGAAAAUGUUCAAUAGAAAGAAAAAGGAAUUAAAUAAAACUUCAGUUUCAAAGAAGAAUCUUGUCGGAAACUUUGGGUCACAUAACUCAUCACUAUCUGUCCUCCAGGAACAACCCACUAGAGAUGGUGGCUUGGAUGUCCCCCCCCCUUUCCCUGCAUCCCUCCAGGACCCCCAGGCUCCUCCCUGCCCCACUACCACCUGUCUGCUGCACCCCAGGCUGGCCACCGCCACCAGCCCUCCCCCUGUCCUUGGAGCCUGCCUUAGACGGCCCACAGCCCUGAGUCGACAUGCCAGUGCGGCUGGCUUCCCCCUACAGGCGGCUGGAGCCUGGGCCUUCAGUAAGACACAGGGGAAAGGAGCGAGCCUUGCCUCCAGCCCCACCACAGAGGCCUCGGAGGUGGGCAUCGAAGUGGAGGACAUCCCCUCUUUGCUCCGGGAUGUGGCUUGCUUCGCUGAGGCUGUAGAGAAACUGAAAGAAAUGGUGCUGGGGGAAGACAGGCAGAUAGAUAACCUCUCAGACAGGCAGCUGGACCGUCGUGACCUGGCCCAGGAGUGUUUGGGAGAGGUGUUGCGUGUGUUGAGGCAGGUGAUCGGUGCCUACCCCCUCCUCAACACUGUAGAGACCCUCACUGCUGCUGGAACACUCAUCUCCAAGGUCAAAGGGUUUAGUUACAAGGACAGCAGUGACAUGGGUAAGCAGGACUUUGAGAAAGCCAUUGAGACCAUGGCUGUGGCUUUCAGUAGCAGUGUGUCAGAACUUCUGAUGGGAGAAGUGGACAGCAGCACCCUCCUGUCUCUACCGCUAACAGAGAGGAGCAGGUCUAUGGAGAACCUGUAUGGCUUAGACUCAGCCCAGGCCAAAGACUGUCAAGGGAGGAGUGACCAGCAGGACUGCUGCAUGCUGAGUGGAGAGCAGGUUGACCUCCUACUGCAGUGCAGUGAGGGAGGAGUGGACUCCGCUCUCUCCUAUGCCAAGGCUGUGUCCAGAUAUCUGAAGGACGUUAUCAGCUAUGUGGAGAAAAGGACUGCUCUGGAGAUGGAGUUUGCCAAGGGUCUGCAGAGGCUGUGUCAGUCCUGUAAGCAGAGCAUUGCACAGCCCCAGAUGCCAUUCUUCUCCAUCUACUCUCUGGCUCUGGAGCAGGACUUAGAGCAGAGUGUGGGUGUGCAGCAAACCACUGGCUCCAUACACACUGUUCUACAGCCUCUGAUGCAGUGUAAACAGGAGCAUGAGAGGAGACGCAGAGAGCUCGGAGAGCAGUGGCAGAGGGCCCAGAGGAAACUGACUGAUGCUGAGAGUGGCAUGCGUAAAACUCGAGGCUCAUACAUGAUUCGCUGUGAGGAGUAUGACAAGGCCAGGGGUCGGGCAGAGGAGGAGCUACAAGGGGGAGCAGGCGGGCUUAAAGCUCUGGACCGGAAGAAGCGAUUGGAGGAGGAGGCCAGGACCAAGGCUGAAGAGGCAGAGGCUGUGUAUCGUGCAUGUAUAUCCGAGGCGGAGGCGCGGCACCAGGAGAGAGAGCAGACUAAGGGCAGCACUCUCAGACAGAUCCAUGAUGUCAUCAGACACACAGACCACACCCUUAGAUCUUGCACGGUGUCGUACUAUCAGCUGCUGCACAUGCAGACAGCAGUGCUGCCAGUCCACUACCAGACUCUGUGUGAGAGCACCAAGCUCUACGAGCCGGGACAACAGUACGCCGCUCACGCAAGACAUCUACACAAGAGCCCAGAGGACGCCAGACAUCUCUACACGAGCACAGAGGAUGCCAGACAUCUGUCAAACCCAGAGCCUGCAGCUCACUACCACUUCGAGCCCUACUCAUCAAACCAUCUGUCUGGACACACCCGCCACAACAGCUCUAAUACGGAUGUACCAAUCAGCACGGAGACCACACCUCCCACGGAUUCACCAAUCAGCACGGAGACCACACCUCCCACGGAUUCACCAAUCAGCACGGAGACCAUGCCUACCACAGACGAGGAUGGUGGUGCUGAGGAUGGAGUCACACAGAGAUGUGGGCAAGGUCACCAAUCACACAAGUCCUGGCCGUCAACGAUGAAGGACUCGGACUGUCUUGGAGGAGUCUAUGGUCUGGAGUCCUCCAGCAUUGGGCACGUACCUAAAGCCAGUGAAGAAGAACAUGAUGGAAACGUCACCUCGUUUGAACAGGGGACAGAGCCAGAGAUCGCCGUUCCCACUGGUCCCUUCCGGAAUGUGGGAAUGUCCAAGGCAGCAAAGACCCACAGACUCCGCAAGCUCCGCACACCUGCCAAAUGCAGAGAGUGUAACAGCUAUGUGUACUUCCAGGGUGCAGAGUGUGAGGAGUGUUAUCUGGCAUGCCAUAGGCGUUGCUUGGAGAACCUGGCUAUCCAGUGUGGCCAUAAGAAGCUACAAGGUCGCCUGUCACUGUUUGGCAGGGACUUCACGCAGGGGCUGGGAGACCCCGAUGGUGUGCCUCUGGUCAUCAGGAAGUGCAUCACAGAGAUAGAGAGCAGGGCUCUUAGGAUGAAGGGUAUCUAUCGUGUGAAUGGGGUGAAGACUCGUGUGGAGAAGCUGUGCCAGGCCUUUGAGAAUGGGAAAGAGCUGGUGGAACUGUCCCAAGCCUUUCCUCAUGAUAUCAGCAACAUGCUCAAACUUUACCUCAGACAGCUGCCAGAGCCUAUCUUGCCUUUCCAUCUCUAUCAGUCUCUGAUGGGGCUGGCCAAGGAAAGCCUGCGUUCUGCGUCUCCUAGCCCAGAUGGAGGUGAGGUGGCUGGGACAGCAGUCCUGGCAGACCUGGGUGCUGAGACUCCCCUGGAGGUCCUGACUCUGGUCCACAGCCUGAGGGAGCUAAUGCUAACGGAGCUGCCGCAGGCUAAUACAGCCACACUGCGCUAUAUUGCACAGCAUCUGCGCAGGGUGUGUGAGUGUGAGCAGGAGAACAAGAUGAGUCCCAGUAACCUGGGCAUUGUGUUUGGCCCCACCCUGAUGCGUCCCCGUCCCUCCGGGGCCACCGUGGCCCUGUCCUCCCUGGUAGACUACCCCCACCAGGCCCGCAUCGUAGAGACUCUCAUAGUCUUCUACAGCACCCUCUUCCAUGACAGCUCCUACGACACCCCAGUUUCCCCCUUAGCCCUAAGCCAGGUGAGUGAGCGACUGUGGGUGUAGGGUGUCAUAGUGAAACAGUGUGCUGGUUCUGGUCUAGAAACAAGUAAUGUGAGGAAAAUACAAUUAUGGGCCUCGAGAGAGUGGAAGAGCAGUAGCAACCAAACAAAUAGAAGAGAAGGACGCAUAUAAAAAUAUAUAUAUACAUUUUUUUUAUUUAACAAGGCAAGUCAGUUAAGAACAAAUUCUUAUUUACAAUGACGGCCUACACCGGCCAAACCCGGAUAACGCUGGGCCAAUUGUGCACCGCCCUAUACAGACUGGAUUCGAACCAGUGACGCCUCCAGCACUGAGAUGCAGUGCCUUAGACCACUGCACCACUUGGGCAUACACACUUGCACACUAUUGUAUCACAUUCAACCAUUUCUGCUGUGUGUUUCUCCUAGGACGGUGGAGGGGAGGAGGGGAGAGACUGUGGGGGUGGGGGAGGAGUCCAGGGGAGAGACUGUGGGGGUGGGGGAGGAGUCCAGGGGAGAGACGAGGGAAACAAGACAGACUUAAAACACGACGGGGGUGAGACGCCAGAUAACCACACUGAGAGACCAGUGGAAUCAGACUGAGGAGGAACCCUCAGCACCCACUGACCCUCUCUGGACCUGAACUCUUCAGACCAGUGGAAUCAGACUGAGGAGGAACCCUCAGCACCCACUGACCCUCUCUGGACCUGAACUCUUCAGCAAAGAACUUCUGGGAAAAAUGGAAAUGUUUUUCAAAUGAAAAAGUACUUUAGUGAAUUCUACAAAUUGGAAUUCAUUUGGGAAAUUGCAGUUGAAAUGAAAGUGGUUCCAACUUACUGUUUUAAUGCGUUGACUACUGAUGAAAAAGUACACUGACUGGAUAGCAGAAUAUCAUAUUGCUGUUGUGUGAACGUGUUCAUUUCAUUGCAUGACUUGAGGUAUGAUUUUCUAAACCAGUUUUGCCAAAAUGCUGCACAAAGCUAUUUUUAUUGUUUUAAUUACCUGGCGAGAUAUCAGGAAGGAAUGUGAGAUUCAGUGUUUUUGUGCCUGCAAUUUCCUCUUUUUGUAUUCUCUCUGUAUACCCCUUGUAUGGUGUAUUCAUAUGGUAUGUCUAUAGUCCAGCCUACCAUCUGCCUGUGUACUCACACCACUACUUCAGCACUGCUGCUGGUUGGUAUGCUAGUCAUUGAGAGAUGACAUGUUUAUAUUGUUACAGUUCUAACAUGAUUUGUUGUAUAUCCUUGGUGACAUAAAAUUCAAAUGUCAAGCACUA